UUCAGUUCCUACCAUUUGUCCCUGAGGUCGACCUUUACAAAGGCGGGGUGGGAUGAAGGCUGUUAGUAGUGAGCGGCUAAGGCCGUUUCUUGUCGUUAGCCUCUCAUUUAUUUUAUUUGCAUCAUUGCUUGUAUAUAUCACUCGUCGGUUACCCUCAAUUCCAGAGGAACAUCGAGGACACUUUAAAUUUCCUCACAAUGUUGACGAGUUAAAAAAUAUUGGUCAAGUCCUGUCAGAAUACCAAGACAAUUAUUACUGGCAAAUAUUAAUUCUAAUAAGCACCGUUUUCAUAUUCCUUCAGUCAUUCAUGAUACCAGGUUCGGUCGUGUGUGUUGUUCUACUGGGAUAUCUGUUCCCUUUCCCAGUCGCUGUCAUUAUUGUAGCUUUGUGUUCGGCGAUUGGGGCGUCACUGUGUUAUCUUCUCGUUGGCUUUAUCGGUUCCAAAGUACUGAUGUAUUUCAUCCCUGAAAAAAUUGAAUUAUGUCGUCAAACAAUUCAACGGUAUCGACAUGCAAUGUUUUUUUGUAUAUGCUGUUUGCGAAUCUGUCCUUUCAUCCCAAAUUGGCUUGUGAAUAUUUCUUCUCCAAUAAUCGAUAUCCCACUGGUUCAUUUCUUCUUUGGAACAUUUGUAGGUAAGCUUUUUACACUAUUAUGUCGGUAAACUUAUGCGGUUAUUAAAUUAUUCCAAUACUCAUACCGGUGUUUAAAAAGACCUCUCAUAAGUGAUCUGAAAAUCAAAAUCUAUGGGAUCACUGGUUGUCCCCAGCCGACCAUCUCUGUUUGGAGUCAACACGGCAAGCCCAUUCUCGCUGAUUUGAUUUGGAUAUUUUUUCUGCUUUAGUGGUGUAUAACUAAAAUUUCUUGGGUAGUUCCAUUAUCAUUGGUUUUCAUUAAAGCAGGAACUGUGCUUCAAGAACUCACAGAUUUAGGCGUUACUUCUUUAGCUUCAUUUUCAACACUGAUUAUUUUAGCUGGUUUAUCACUUCUACCUUUAGUCUUCCGUAAUCAACUCCGUGAGGCAUUUUUAUAGUCGACUUUAUGUUCUCUCACUCUUGUUAUGUUGAUUGAUUUUGUGUUCAUCACACAUUAACUGGAUUAGCUAAAGUAUCUAGAAGUGACCACAUUGUACAUAUUUUUGGUGGAUGUUUUAAAAUAUUUCUGAUCUAUUUUAACAGUGUUUAAUUGGAUCCUGUGAUGAUAAAAGCAAUAUUGCGAAAUUCUUCAUCUUUCGAUUCUAUUUCUGUGAUCUACCAACUAUUAACACCACACUUGGUUCUUAUUCACGCUAUUUUUCCUAUUACCUAUUAUCUUUCAGUGAUUGGCUGUAUACAGCUUGUUAUCAGAUUGUUUCUUUUGUUAUUUGGGUUUAAAACUCAGUCAUUACAUUUAUGUGCAUGUGCAGUUGAUUAAUUUAUGUUAAUAUAUAUUUACUGUUACAG